GUUUUCGUUAUUUUCUAUUUUAUUCAAGAAGCGGCUUUCGCCAGCGCCGCGUUUAUAAGCAGCGACGCCGAGUGCGCCGGCGUUUGGACGAAGCUAGUUACGUAUCAUAAGGACGCGGGUUGCCCUCUGCCGGCUGUCUCCAGUCCGGUCGCUUUGUCUGCCUGCCGACUGAGACGUUAAAGUCGCGUGGAUAGUCUGGUAGGCCCACACUACGAGCCGUUGAAUGCGUUAUGGACAUUCAACGCAUAACAUUCGUUCUGGAAUAAUUAUUGCUAUAGCUUCCGCGCAGUUGGAGCGGUCUUAGCACCCACACGUCGAGACGAAGGCCAAUGGCAGAUGUUGCUGCGAGCCAUGCUUGUGCGAAGACUGUGAGUUACGCAACCGUCGUGUCGUUGAGUGACAUCCACGUUGAUGCGGAACGGACUUUCCUGUGAUUUCAAGUGUGUGCCUUGUGGCAGAAAUAUCCAAGAAUUUCUGCAUUUCUGAUCAAGUGCGUGUGUUCUGGUCGGCGUCGGUGCAAGUUGCGCACCAGACAGUUAGCUGAAAGAGUGCACAUUUACGGCUAUGAUCGUAGGACACGCUGAAGAAAGACAAGAGAGUGAGUCACUGCCCUACGACGAAGCCUAGUGUUUAUGUCCCUCUGAAAACUCCUAUUUCCGUACACUUACCCUCCGUGCAGGGUAGUGAAGCAGGGCUACAUCUGGCGAAAUUCCUUUCUUUUUUAUCCUCCCCUCCUCUCUCCCUGAAAGCCAAGACACUCAUCUUCGUAUCGCCAAGUCAGUGACUCAGGCUCUGGCCAGUAUGGUUCGCGUGGCUGUGAUAGGCGCCGGGGCGAGCGGCCUGACUGCUCUCAAGGCGUGCCUCGAAGAAGGUCUUGAGGCGGUGUGUUUCGAGAAGACCGAGGACCUCGGCGGCCUGUGGACUUACCGCGAGCAUAACGUGGACGGUGUCGCCUCUGUCAUGUUCUCCACCACGACCAACACGAGCAAGGAGUUAUCGGCCUUCAGCGACUUUCCACCACCGUCGCAGUACCCGAACUACAUGCAUCACCACCUCGUUUCCCGCUACCUGAAUGAGUACGCCGACACCUUCGGCUUGCGCAGCUAUGUACGCUGCUUGCACUCCGUAACUAGGGUAAAUCCGACGCCUGACCACAGUGACACGGGGCAGUGGGAGCUGGUGGUGCACAACCUGGAGGAAGACACGACCAUUGUGGAUACGUUCGACGCCGUCAUGGUGUGCACGGGUUACGACCACACGCCCGUUACGACCGAGUUUCCUGGCCUUCGGGACCGGUUUCGAGGUCGCGUGAUGCAUGUCAGGGACUACAAGCGGCCCAUCGGGUUCUUCGGUGCGAAGGUUCUGGUCGUUGGUCUUGGAAACUCCGGUUGUGACGUGGCCGUUGAGUUGAGCUCCAUUGCGGACGCUGUGUACGUGAGCACGAGGCGCGGCUGUUGGACCAUCCCUCGAGUGGCUUCGCGAGGUGAGCCCUUCGACGUCGUCAACGUCCGGCGCUCAUGGAACUGGAUAUUCCACUGGCUGCCGUACUCGAUCGUGUGCAGCGUGUGCGAACGCGAAGCCAACCAGCGCUUCGACCACGCCCACUACAACCUGGCCGCGCGACACCGCAUCCACGGCCAGCACGCCACCAUAAGCGACACGCUUUCUUCCAAGAUUCUAAAUGGAACGGUUGUGGUCAAAGGUGACGUGCGCUGCUUUACCGAGGACGGAGUCAUCUUCGAGGAUGACCCUAAGGUCGCCACCGUUGUCGACGUGGUCAUCCUAGCCACCGGGUACACGGCGCACUUCCCGUUCAUCGACGACUCCGUGCUGCCAAUCCGCGACAACCGCGUGCGCCUUUACAAGUAUGUCUUCCCGUCGCUGAUGAACAAAGGAACGCUGGCGUUUAUAGGAGCCGUGCAGCCAGAAGGCAGCCUAUUCCCGAUUUCCGAAAUGCAAAGCAGGUGGGCGGCGGGGGUGUUUGCGGGGCGUUAUGCGCUUCCCGCCUCCCAGGUUAUGGAAGAUGACGUGCACCGCCGGGAAAUGCACGUCCGCGAGCGUUAUAUACCUGGUAGCCGGCACGCCAGGCAAGUGGACUGGAUAGAUUACAUGGACGAAAUGGCGGAGCUUGUGGGCUGCAAGCCGCGGCUGGGCCGACUUCUUCUGACAGACCCGGUUUUGGCGUGGGCGUGCAUAUUCGGGCCGUGCCUGCCAUACCAGUAUCGACUGCACGGUCCCGGAACGUGGGCCCGCGCCCGGCAGCAGAUACUUGACUUUUGGGAGAACUACAGGCUGGGCCUUGAAACGAGGAAAUUGCCGUGGCUCAAGCCGAAACGCUGGGACGCGUUGGAGACAAAGACGACGGUGGUUGACCUGAAGGUGGCUGCCAUGACACUCUCCUUCGUGGCGGCUGGACUCAGAGUCAAGGUGCUCCGAUUGCUCUUGCUUAGGUGCCUGGCAUUUGUUGUACAACUUGCUUGGUCACUAAGCGAGACAAUGCGCACGCAGAAGAAGCAGUCACUGAAGCCCGAUGUGAAAAGUUAUUUAAAUGUUUUGUGCCGUAUGACGAUGUGACAGACGACAUACCUUGAGGUUGGUGCAUGUAGAUCGAUCUAACAGCUGUGUAAAAGAUGAGAAUGAGAAAACUAUGCCAGAACCGAAGAAAUGUCGUGCAUGAGGCGUGUGAAUAGAACGUUCACACACCGGUGCUACUAUGGAUUCAAUGCAUCGUCUGCUAACAUUGCUAUACAGAUGCUGAAGAGCAUAAGUGGGCUGGUGACGUGGUCUACAUUUACUAUACUUUUUUCUGAAUGUUCAAGUGUUCUUGCGGUGAUUAAAAUUUAUCCAUGGA